GGGCGGGCCAGGCGAACAGCGCCGCGGGGUUGGCUGCUGCCCUGAGGCUGGACUCAACGGAUUCGGUCUGCGCCACCGGGCGACUUCGCCGCCCGGCCCCAGUCCAGAGCGAGCAAGCGAGCGAGGCGGCGCAGCGCGAUUGUAAUUAUGUGAUCUCCUCGUGGAUGUAAGGAAGCCUAGGCUUCCUGUGUGGCUGUGGCUGUGUAAUUAGCCUCAGACAGGCCUAGAGUUGUAAAUCCUGUCCUAAGGAGCCAGAAGUACCGGGACAUUCUGCUGAGACUCCUGGCCACCCAAGGUGACAGCCUUCUAAAUGUAGGGUGGUGUGCAUGAGUGACAGUCUUAUUUCUGCCCACACCCAACAGAUUUUAUUGUAAAUGCAUCACAAAGAGAAAGCCCAGAAUGAAGAAAGCAAGCAGGAGUGUUGGCUCAGUGCCUAAAGUGUCUGGGAUAAGCAAAACACAACCAGUAGACAAAACGAAACCUGAGAACAGUUCUUCAUCAUCUCUAGGAAGCAGACUUGCAAAGCCUGGAGCAGCAGUAUCAUUGUCAAAGACCAAGAGCAGUGAUGACCUUCUAGCUGGGAUGGCUGGAGGGGUGACGGUGACUAAUGGUGUCAAAGGAAAAAAAAGCACCUGCUCUUCCACAGCAUCGUCAGCUUCUGCCCCAGCCAUGACCACUGUGGAGGGCAAAUCCAAGACUGGCACAGGCACAAGUUCUUCAACCAAGAGGAGCACUUCCACAGGUAAUAAAGAAUCCAGUUCUACUAGAGAAAGAUUGCGUGAACGUACCCGACUAAACCAGAGCAAAAAACUGCCUUCUGCAGGUCAGGGAGCUAGUGACGUGGCACUGGCUAAGCGUUCCCGCAGUCGGACUGCUACAGAAUGUGACGUUCGUAUGAGCAAGUCUAAAUCAGACAAUCAGAUCAGUGACAAAGCUGCUUUGGAAGCCAAAGUGAAAGAUCUCCUCACGCUGGCCAAAACCAAAGAUGUGGAGAUUUUACAUUUGAGAAAGGAGCUCAGAGACAUGCGUGCCCAGCUGGGCCUUGGUGAGGAUCAUUCUGAGAGCCAUGAGAAAUCUGAGGAGAAGGAAGCCAGUAUUGCUCACCAGCCCACCGACGUGGAGUCUACACUACUACAGCUGCAGGAGCAGAAUACUGCCAUUCGUGAGGAACUCAACCAGCUGAAAAAUGAAAACAGAAUGUUAAAGGAUAGGUUGAAUGCCCUGGGUUUUUCUCUAGAGCAGAGGUUAGAUAAUUCUGAGAAACUGUUUGGCUAUCAGUCCCUGAGCCCAGAAAUCACCCCUGGUAGCCAGAGUGAUGGUGGAGGGACUCUGACGUCUUCUGUUGAGGGCUCAGCUCCUGGGUCAGUGGAGGAUCUCCUGAGUCAGGAUGAAAACACCCUCAUGGACCAUCAGCACAGUAACUCUAUGGACAAUCUAGACAGCGAGUGCAGUGAGGUAUACCAGCCCCUCACGUCCAGCGACGAUGCCCUUGAUGCACCCUCCUCCUCAGAGUCGGAAGGCAUUCCGAGCAUUGAGCGAUCCCGGAAGGGGAGCAGUGGUAACGCCAGCGAAGUAUCUGUGGCUUGCUUGACAGAACGGAUACACCAGAUGGAAGAAAAUCAGCACAGUACGAGCGAGGAACUUCAGGCAACCUUGCAAGAGCUCGCUGAUUUACAGCAGAUUACCCAGGAACUGAACAGUGAAAAUGAAAGGCUCGGCGAGGAGAAGGUUAUUCUGAUGGAGUCUUUGUGUCAACAGAGUGACAAGUUGGAGCACUUUAGCCGACAGAUUGAGUAUUUCCGCUCCCUUCUGGAUGAGCAUCACAUUUCUUACGUCAUAGAUGAAGAUGUAAAAAGUGGACGUUAUAUGGAACUGGAACAACGUUACAUGGACCUAGCUGAGAACGCUCGCUUUGAACGAGAGCAGCUCCUUGGCGUCCAGCAGCACUUAAGCAAUACUUUGAAGAUGGCAGAACAAGACAAUAAGGAAGCUCAAGAAAUGAUAGGGGCCCUCAAAGAACGCAAUCAUCACAUGGAGCGCAUCAUAGAGUCUGAGCAGAAGGGCAAAGCAGCCUUGGCAGGAACAUUAGAGGAAUACAAAGCCACCAUCGCCAGCGACCAGAUCGAGAUGAACCGUCUCAAGGCCCAGCUGGAGAAUGAGAAGCAGAAGGUGGCAGAGCUGUAUUCCAUCCAUAACUCUGGGGACAAAUCCGAUAUUCAGGAUCUCCUCGAGAGUGUCAGGCUGGACAAAGAAAAAGCUGAAUCUCUGGCUAGUAGCCUGCAGGAGGAUCUGGCUCACACCCGAAAUGAUGCAAACCGAUUGCAGGACGCCAUUGCUAAGGUGGAAGAUGAAUACCGAGCCUUUCAAGAAGAAGCAAAGAAACAGAUAGAAGAUUUAAAUAUGACAUUAGAAAAAUUAAGAGCAGAACUGGAAGAAAAAGAGACAGAAAGGAGUGACAUGAAAGAAACCAUCUUUGAACUUGAAGAUGAAGUAGAACAACAUCGAGCUGUGAAACUUCAUGACAAUCUUAUCAUUUCUGAUUUAGAGAAUACAGUUAAAAAACUCCAGGACCAAAAACAUGACAUGGAAAGAGAAAUCAAGACCCUCCACAGGAGACUUCGGGAGGAAUCUGCAGAGUGGCGGCAGUUCCAGGCUGAUCUUCAGACUGCCGUGGUCAUUGCGAAUGACAUUAAGUCUGAAGCUCAAGAGGAGAUUGGUGAUCUGAAGCGGAGGUUGCAUGAGGCCCAGGAAAAAAAUGAGAAGCUCACAAAAGAAUUGGAGGAAAUAAAAUCACGCAAGCAAGAGGAGGAACGAGGCCGUGUGUAUAACUACAUGAAUGCUGUUGAGAGAGAUUUGGCAGCCUUAAGGCAAGGGAUGGGUCUGAGUAGACGGUCUUCCACGUCCUCUGAGCCAACCCCUACAGUAAAAACCCUCAUCAAAUCCUUUGACAGUGCAUCUCAAGUACCAAACCCUACUACAGCUGCAAUUCCACGAACACCUCUGAGUCCAAGUCCCAUGAAAACUCCCCCUGCGGCAGCAGUUUCUCCAAUGCAGAGACAUUCCAUAAGUGGACCAAUCUCUACAUCCAAACAGCUGACAACCCUGUCAGAUAAGAGACCAAACUAUGGGGAAAUCCCUGUCCAAGAGCAUCUGCUCAGGACAUCUUCAACCAGUCGACCUGCUUCUCUGCCAAGAGUACCUGCCAUGGAAAGUGCCAAGACCAUUUCAGCAGUGUCUCGACGAAGUAGUGAAGAGCUGAAACGAGACAUCUCUGCACCAGAAGGAGCACCAUCAGCCUCUCUUAUGGCCAUGGGGACCACAUCACCACAGCUUUCCCUGUCCUCUUCUCCUACAGCAUCUGUGACACCUACCACCCGAAGCCGCAUAAGGGAAGAAAGGAAGGAUCCUCUCUCAGCAUUAGCAAGGGAAUAUGGAGGAUCAAAGAGGAACGCCUUGCUGAAGUGGUGUCAGAAAAAAACUGAAGGGUAUCAGAAUAUUGACAUUACAAACUUCAGCAGCAGCUGGAAUGAUGGACUGGCCUUCUGUGCUCUCCUGCACACAUACCUUCCAGCACACAUCCCCUUCCAAGAGCUGAGCAGUCAGGAUAAGCGAAGGAACUUUACCCUGGCCUUCCAGGCAGCUGAGAGCGUCGGCAUCAAGUCCACACUGGACAUUAAUGAAAUGGUGCGGACUGAACGACCAGACUGGCAGAACGUGAUGCUGUACGUGACAGCCAUCUACAAGUACUUUGAAACUUGAGCACCCUAGAAGGACCUCCACAACUACCAAGAGACACCAUUGCCAUUAGCUGCGUGCCUGUAAAGCUUUCCACUACUCUGGGCUGUCCUCAGUGUGGGAGCCUUCAGCUGGGGCCUCCGGGUCAGGACAGCCCCCUGGGAACCUGUGUGACCCACAGCUCAGACAGGCUCCUUCCCCAUGGCCUGUCCAGCAAGUGGUCGACACACACUGAUCUUCUGCCAGAGUCUUACUUCUGAAAAGAAUAUUAAACUACAUUAGUUUUUACAGGAUGUAAAAAACAGGAGGGAGAGGGAGAGGGAGAGAGAGAGAGAGACACACUCAUGCAGAGCCAAGCCUGGAAAAGGGAAUUAAAUUAUGUGGGCCCCUUACAGGGGCCAGUGGAAGCUUUAGCCACUGCACUUCCAGGCUGCUUGUCAGGAGUGGUUCCAUCUCUUUGAGAGCCUGAGGGAGAUGGGGACCUGGCAGGUGCCUCCUCACACUGGACAGAGGGGCCCUGGCCUUUUUGUGGGCUUGGUUUCAAGGAAGGCAUCCCCACAGCUGUGCCACAGUCACGCCUUCCAUGUGGAACCUGACUUAGCCAGCCAGUCACGAUUCCCGUUCUCAGCUCUCCUAGUCCACACUGCUGGGCCUCUGCCAGCAGGAAACAAGGAUGAGGCACCCCUCACUCAGUGGUCACCUGACUCAUCCAUCCUACAGCCUGGAAGGGGCGUGAACAUCCCAGCUUUGAAUGUAAAUUUUAGGACAAGCUGAUCACAAGAAUUCCUCGUUUAAAAGGGUUUUCUUUGUUUGUUUUUCUUAAGAGCAAUACUGGUGAAAAUAAUUCCUUUUGUGUUCAUGUACCAAGGGCUGAGGAGACAGUGCUGUCUGUAAUAAGAGACUCUCCUGCCUGAAGCACAGAGGACCCAGCUUCAAUCUCUGCAUCACCAUCAGCCAGAGCUAAGUGGUGCUCUGGCUUAAGGGGAGAAACUUAACAAAUAUUAGUACCAAAGUUAAAUUGUUUUAGUAGCUGUAGAGAUAAAACACAAAAUCUGGGCAUUCGCUUGAUGAGAGAAAUGGGGAACUUGGCAUUUAGGAGCCUAGAGAAUGUGGUGCAAGACCACUGAGACAUAGCCCUCUAGGCUGGAACUUAACAAGAAAGUGCCUUAACUCUCCGGCAAUGCAUGUGUCACAGAGAGGGGCUCAGAGGCCACAGCAGGGUGUCAUCUGGGCUAGACCACAGCCAGCUGCCCCUGCCACACUACCCUCCCCCAGGCUCCUAGCAACAGGCACUCAACAGCUGCCCCCUUUGCAUGGUUUGAGCCAAAGUCUUCUGUCCAGAUGUUUCUGCUGAGUCUGCUAGUCAGUGGGACUCGCCCUUUCCCGGGAGCAGAGAGUACGUGUCUCUCUCUGCCUGCCCGCCCGACCGCCACAGGCCACAGCAGCCACUGGUUUCAACAGCAUCAAGACCUGCUACUUCCAACAUAUCCACAAAGGAAGAUCUGCCACUUCUGCAAGCAGCAUCUCCACCACAGCCACAGGAAGGAUGGGACUGCAGCAGGCUACCCAGUGGGGCAGUGGGCUGAGGGCUCUGCCUUCAGGGUGGUGGUCCAGACUAGAGGCUGAAUGAGCCCACAGCUAGGAAGGAGUGUGGCUGUGGUCAAGUGAGCAGUGCCUGUGUGUGGCCCGCUGGCCAAAUACCCACCUACCUUCCCAGAGGUCAGCCUAGCAGUUCUAGCUGCUGCCCCAACUGGAGGCUUUUUGUGAAAUGUUCAUGUCAGUCGAGGAAGGAGAGCUGAGUGAACAGAACCCAGCCCCAGAGCACACCAGGAGGCCCUAAGGAACACUGGCCCCACACUCCAUGAUUCUUCUAUACUUGAGUUACUGUUACCCUUUGCUGUCAGUUGAAUGGCCAUCAGGGAGAGAAUCGUCGUCUAAUGUCUUUCCCCUUUUUUUCAGUCUCACUGUUUACUCUGAGUCUCCUUUGCCUUCACAGAGGCCUGUGUGUCAGUCUGUGUCCAGUUUUGUUUAUUUAUUGGGGGUGGGGGACUGUUGUGCCCAAUGAAGGAGAAGAUUUCUGGCUCUGUAGUCCACACCUUAAGUAGUGGAGCUGGCUCGGGGGACAGCAGGCUGUGGCGGUGUCCCCAGUGUCCUUAGAAGGAAGCUGCCACUGGCUGAUGCUACCUGGCUCAGGGCUCUCUGGUCAGUGGUGAGGCACAAGGUGGUGGCGAGAAAGGGCCACCUCCGCUUCCCUUGGGCUGCCCACAUCUGCACGUGGGUCCACAAAUGAGAACCCCCAAAGCAUGAAUUUGCUUUUUUGCAAUAGAAUCCUAACACUACCUGCUCCGUGGGAUGAUUACAGAUGGCUAUACACACACAGCCCAAAAGUAUGAGUCCAUGGUGCUGUGACUCCGGUGGGACUGGAUAUGAAGCCUCCAGGAUAGCAUGUGCCUCUUCUCCCUUCAAGCACAAGCAAACUGCAGAGGGCCAGUUGUGUUUCUAUCAUGGGCUUCUGCUGACUGAUACUUUUAAUUCUGUCAUAUUAAAUAUUCUUGAAUGUAUUAAAAUUUCUAAAAUUUA